AUGGCUUCCAUGGCUUCCUCCAGUGCCCAUUUCAUCCAUUGCAGAACCUACAACAAAGGUCACAAAGCUUCUCCUUUCCCUCGUAUCAAUAUCGUAAAUGGGUCGCACAAAGAGGAAGAAGAGGCCCCAAAAAAGAACACCGACCAAAAGGGGCGCAGGGAAAUAUUAUUGAGGAGCAGUGAAAUUGCGGUUCUCGGAUCAAUUUUCCAUUUCAGUGGAACGAAGCCAAAUUACUUGGGGGUGCAGAAGAAUCCUCUUGGUCUAGCCUUAUGUCCGGCCACCAACAAUUGUGUUUCAACUUCUGAGAAUAUCAGUGAUGUUACCCACUAUGCCCCGCCUUGGAAUUACAACCCCGAGGAGGGACGUGGAAGUAAAAACCCCGUGAGUAAAGAAAAAGCAAUGGAGGAGCUUCUUCAAGUGAUAAAAUCAACAAAACCAGACAAUUUUAGUCCAAGAAUACUAGAAAAGAGAGAUGAUUAUGUGCGCGUGGAAUAUGAAAGCCCAAUCAUGGGGUUCGUUGAUGAUGUUGAGUUUUGGUUUCCACCGGGCAAGAAAUCAAUCGUACAGUACCGUUCAGCGUCACGUUUGGGGAAUUUCGACUUUGAUAUCAACAGAAAGAGAAUCAAAGUACUCAGGUUAGAACUAGAAAAGAAGGGAUGGGCAUCAGAAAACACAUUCUGA